AAAAUUCUAUCUCUGUAGAUGUUAGUUUUACAAACAAAAACAAGUACUCGCCUUCUCCCGAUGUGCCUCUCCAUCCUUUCUCUGAAGCUGUGGCUGUCAAGUAGCGCGGCACCAAAGCUAAACGCGGUUGUGCAACUUGAACCAAACCCAGUCAAAGCGAACGAGAGAUACAACAAUCAUGUGAGAAGAAGGCAAAGGCAGAUCAGCGACAGACCCACUUGAGUGCUGAACAACUCCUGAAAUUCUUGGUUGAAGAGCAAGGUGAGCAAGGAGCCACACUGAGUGAGUGUGAGAGUAUAGUUCAGCAAGUUCUUGAUAAGAGGCAUCACAUUGCUAGGUUCACAAGACAUUCUUUGAGUCUUGAUGACUUUCAUCAUUUUCUGUUUUCAACUGAUCUUAAUCCACCCAUGUUGUCUAAGGUCAAUCACGACAUGACUGCACCACUGUCACAUUAUUUCAUAUACACCGGACAUAAUUCGUACUUGACCAGGAAUCAGCUCAAUAGUGAUUGCAGUAAUGUUCCAAUCAUAGAAGCACUUAAAAGAGGUGUGCGAGUUAUAGAACUUGAUUUAUGGCCAGACUCAAACUCACGCAAGGGUGCUAUACAAGUUAAACAUGGAGGAGGAUUGAAGAAAUUUGGAAUGCUAGCAGUUGCAUUGGGGAUCGCUGGUGAUACAGCCGUGUUUUACGAAGUUAGAAUUGUGGGUGCAGAGUCCCUUAUUCAUUCGUCAUCUUCAGUGUACAACAUGGCAAUGGUGGAUGAGGCCGUGUCGUAUCAAAACUUGGCAAGCCUUAACAGUACAAAGAUGGACCGGAAGAUUUUGAUCCGUGUAACCAGACUGUGGUUGUCUAUAUCUGUUGAAGAUGAAUCUUUUGAUGGAGCCAAUCUUAUUUUUCUUGAUUGAAGGUGCUAACAUUGAACCUGAGAGGUGAAUGCUGGCUAGAUCUUUAGGACUACAGUCCAACAAAAUUAUUUUUUGGUUCCAGAACAGGAGGUCUUGGUUGAAGACUAAGCAACUACAGGGAGACUAUAAUAUUCUCACAAGACAUGUAUAUUUUGAAUUAGAAUUUAUGCAAAUCAAAAAUUGUUAUCUAUAAUAAAUGGUGAGCAUCUAAAAUACUUGUACAAUAUUAUAUUAAUUUAUUUAUUUGUCAAAA